UAUUGGUGUUCUCUUUUUUCCUGUUUGGGUAUACGUUACAAUAGGUCACAUGAUCAUGUUUAUAAAACACUUGUGAAUCAUUAAAGAAGUCACUUUCAGGGCGCAGUACACAACUAGCGGAAAAGAGAUACUAGAAGACGGUAAGUUAGUCAUAUUAGUCGGUCCAUUCCUUUGUAAGUAUAAAUUGUUUAUAUUAUUUCUCUGUUAUUUGUGAUUAUUUGGUCGAUCACUUCAUCAUUAUCGGUCAAAGUAAACAUAUCGAAAAUUAUCUGAAUCAGUGUUAAAAAAGAUACCGCCAAACAUAAUGUCAGAGCCUGCUGGAUAUUAGCAGGGGUGCCUCACCAUGAGUAAAAGGGGAAAAAAAACAACAUAAAAAGAAGUUGUUAUAACGGUUAAUUAAGCAUAGUAGUACUCACGUACGAAGGAUUCGAUCUGGCAGCUUAAGCCUAAAAUGUGUUUAGGAACGCAAAUUGAUGAAUGCAUUUCAAAAUAGUUUGUUGGUAUUUCCACCACAGUGGUACAAUUUUCUCUUACGAUAGAAUUUCGACAUUAAAGAGGGUACAUUUCUAGCUAUUGAUCACAGAUCCCAAAGCUGAUUAAGCAAGAAUUCGAAAUGCCUUUUGAAAUUGACUAUUUUUAGUACGUCGCGCGGCGGCAAAGAUCAUGAGUAGAUUACGAAACUUGAAAAGGGCGCCCAUUUUGGCGAGAGAAGCAGUCAGUUCUCUCAGAAAGAUGGAGCACGAAUAAUUUAGUAAUAAAAUAUAGGCUCAAACAAUAUAUUAAUCAAUGUGGGUGCAAAAUUGGACUCAACAUUAAUUCUCUAGAUUGCCGUAAAACGUUUCUUGGUCACUUUCACUCAGAAACACCUAAUUUCUUCACUGCGUUAAAGCAUAGCGAGAACAAAAAAAUUCAUUAGCAGAGGAAAUGAAAGAGAAAGAGUGGAUUUCGAAAGAGAAAGCUCCGUUUGGGUUUCUUUACGAUUUCAGUGAUGACAAAGUAAUUCGUCCCUUUUUCUUUCUUGCAGAAUCGGUCUUAUUAUUCUUGGUCGGCGAAGCAUUACAACAGCGAAACUUGUUUAGCAACUGCAAGAAUCAUUUUAGAAAAAGGUCAACAUGAGCUCUAGUUCAGCUUUGUGGUUAUUGCUACUUUGGGGUAAGUUGAAAGCACCCGUGCACGUGACUUUUUUUUUUCUUUUUUUAUAACAGCUUGCUUUUUUAUCAAGGAUAAGACUAAGUUGGAUUAAAUUACGUGUUCCGCUCAUAUCGAUGAACUAGUAAGGCGUGAUCCUUAAAUAGUAUUUCCUGUUAGCUUCAGUCUUUUAACUAAAACAAGUAAAACAGAUAUUGAAUAAAUGAGAUUAUAUUUUCACUUUACGAUUGACAAAGUUUGCUGUUAAGGAAGCAUAAUGUUAUUUAACGGCACAGACCAGGACUGUCUAAAUCUUCUCCUGUAGUGAGUGAUAUGGUGAAGGUUUUCUUUAUUAAUAAGUGUGUGUGGUUAAAUAAGUAAAAUACUUAAAUUAGAGGAGAACUGAACAGGUGCCCCUCUUGUCACUUUAGACUGCAUAAGCGCUAAACGGGAAUGUGAAGCGCUAAAGGAUAUGGUCUUUUUACUCAACUUUGAGUCUGAAAUAGGUAUAUCUCUUCGUCACUUUAAGAACGGUGCCAAAGUGUGAAUUAGGGUAAGCGGGUUACGGUUACAGGGGGCCUUCCCUAAAAGCCUCUGCGAAUUGUGGAGUGUUAUGCGUUUCUGGGAAUCUGCUCACCUACAACUUCCCUAAGACGACAAUUUGUCCAGGGGUUCACUUCCAGAUCUGUACAGCUUCAGUUAUGCCUGUAUAACGGAAUUGAUCAAGCUAUUAAUUACUAAAUGCAAAUUGAACGUCAAUAUAAAACGUUUGACUGUUGACAAAUAACGUAAUCAUGGUUUAAACGAAUAUGUCCAAUUUCACACCCUAACAAGAAACGGUGUUUGUUCCUAAAUUAUCGGUAAAUUCGCGUUGAAAGUAUAUUUUAUAAGAAUAUUGAGGCUGAAAUUUGCAAAAUUUUAAGAAUAUUGCAAGAAUAAACCCGAGGCAGAGAUUUUCGAUAGGAUAUAAUUUUAUAAUGUUGUUUUUCUCGUCUAGGCUAAGUAUUCCUAUUUUCUGCCGAAUUUAGGCUUAAAUAUUCUUUUAUUAUCCUUAAAUUGAAGCUUAACGGGAGAGAAAUCUGAAGCUUAUGUCAUUUCCGUUUUAACAUGUAUUGUAUAGAGUAUCCAAGGUACCGGUUCAACGAGCUGUUAUCAGAUUAGCACUGAGGAUUUGGCAUUAUUUAAAGUGCAGUUUUUUGAGCGUGCUUUCAAGUUUUCCCGUUUUGAGAAAGAAAUAAUUAGUUAUACCACUUGAGUUAAAAACACAAUUUUGAUGAACUAUAUUGAAAGGCCUUGAAAGGGAAAACCCCCUUUAUUAAUAAUGGCAUCGCCAUUUCUCUCCCACAGAACUUGAAAAUAUAAGAGGAGAUAUACGUCUUCCCUUUCAGAGAGAGAAAAAAGGUCGCUUGAGCAUCUGAACUAUUCAAGCCGGAAACUGUAAAUAUGCGCUGGAACUAUACUGAAACCAAGCUUUCAGUAGCCUGCGUAGCAGGCGCUUGGAAGUAGUGUGCACAAGAAAAAACGGGCGCGCGAGAAGGAGACUCGCGAGGGGAGAGGAAGCAUUAGUUUUUAAGCUACAGUGUACAACUCAUAUCUGAAGAUCGCACUAUCCGUGGAAAUUCAAAAUCCUGCAAACCACACUAUAGAGCUGGGCCCAGAGUCAUACUGACAUGGCAGGAAAUAAUCACAUUCACGGACAAAGAAACUUGCAUGCAUGCAUGUAGUUAUUCAGAUACAGCCAUUUCGGAGAAAACCAAAAAAACUAAAAUCUUUAUUCAGCCGUAAUAAACAGAGGUCAAAGGAUAAAAAACACUUAACAACUGCAUCUGAAAUCAAAUCCUGUCAGGGACACCUAGUACAGAAGCAUAAACCACAGGAAAUGAUUACUCAGUAUGCACGUAACAAACCUGCUUCAUGACCUCUAAAUAUAAGACUUAGUGCGGCAAAAACAAGAUUUACUCAGUCAAAGUUUAGAAUGCUACACGUCUUGCACUGUGUAGUGCUAGUAACCUUCGCGCGAGAGAAAAAAGAAAGAGAACCACUGUUCAAGCAGACUCUCAAGGUCACGUUUCACAUUAUCACGAGCUUAUGAGUCGUGUUUGGCCUGUCAACGCUUAUUUCUCCCUCACCCCUUGCGUGUCUCCCUCGCGCGCAUCCGUUCUCUCUUUCGCCCGCUACUUCCAAGCGCCUGCUACGCAGGCUAAGCUUUCAGCGAAUCUUUUGACUCAGGCAAAGAUCAUGCAAACGGAUAUGAAAGUACUUUCGAUUUAAGGUUGAUCUUUCUUUCGUUAGCAUGAUGUUUUCAAGGUUUCAUCGAAACAGUUUAUAGGUUAUUCAGUCUUUAACUCUCUGUGAGUUUACAAAAAAUCAAAUGAAUUUAUGAAAUAUAGCUACAAUAGAUUGAUCUUGGAGGGUUUUACAUGUAAAGGGGGCUUCAUGAAUCCACCUUUAGCGGGGCCCUUAGUGUCCGGGUGAAAGUGAUAACUAUUACAUUAGUAGCAGUUCUUUGCACCAAAUACUGACUAGUUUGAUAGUUCAAAACUUUUGCCUGAUGUAAGAGGAAAGGUAUCGCUUUGCCGUUGCUUGAGAUAGGUUAUGUAAGGAAUGUCAAUGCAAAUUAUCGUUGGGCCAUUUCCAGUGCCAGUCUACAGCAGUUUCAAUUAAGUACGCUCUGAAACAGACGGUUGUCAAGUGUUUUACUAAGCUAUGUUGUCUAAAAGAUGAUAAGAGUCUGAUAACUGUCGGAGACUCGCGAAGGCAGACUAGAGUAUACACUGACAGUUACGUAUUAAGAGAGAGUCCAUCUGAAAACCAUGCAUUAUAAAAAAAUCCGUCUACAGUGAACAUAACGGAUUUUGUUUAUAUUCAGGUAGGUUUACAUAUUGAAGUGAUAAAACCAUGUGUGCAAUAUUGUUGCAAAAUUCCUUAACUUGUAGAAGAUAUUGCGAUCGAAAAGAUCCACGACAGGUAUUAUUCAAAAAGGGUUAAAUUUUUUACCCAAUUUCACACCAAAGUUUCUACUUAUGUAUUGACCAUUUCCCGAUCAAAUCAUCAUGUUAGAUAUAGUAAUGACUUGUUAUUCCCGUAAUUGUAUAAUUAAGUCCAGGCGUUUUGUAUUUUAGUAGUAGACAUAAUUAAAAAAUCAGCCUUUUUGGACUACGUGUGACAGUAAGGAUUUUGUGGUAAAAUUAUCGUUGAAUAUUGAAAUUGCGGCGUUGUUUAUAAAGUUGAAAUAACACUUAUCUUUUUUUAUUGCCAUUAUACAAAGCGAAUAUGCGAAGAAAACUGUGUAAAGUUAAAUGCCACAUACAAUUUUUACGGUCAAAAGUUCGCUAUGUGUGCGUUGGGAAUAACACCAGAAGACAACAGGUUUCAUUUCAAGUAUAGAAAAAAAAUAAAGGUGAGUAAAGGACAAAGACAGAUCUAGGGACUUCAUACAAAAUCACUGACUACUAAAUUAACUUCAUAUAUAAAUUACACCCACAUACUGCCUCUGUUCGAAGUCCUGCAGCUUGGAAACUGAAGUGCAAGAUACCUGCCGACGUUGAUCGACGGAGGAGUCAAGCCAGACUCGAAAGUCUGAUUACCUAAAAUCGUAAAGUUUGAAAUUUUCUCCAAUAGUUCGGUCUUCCUUUUCAAUUGUAUGUCCACGCACAGUUCUUUAAGGCUUGCAUUCAUGUCCAGUUUGGCUAAAGAUUAAAAUUAUGGAGGUCAAGGAACCAGGUAUUACACUUGCCGCCAUUUUGUUCUACUUGUGCCCAGUCGCUCCUCGGCCAAAACCCGCCUGCAUGGUAGAAUGGGUUCCCAGACAGUGAUGACAGCCUAAUCUGCGAUCAGCAAUCACGAUCGCAGGCUAAUGAUAGCUUGGCAUUCUGACACACCGCCACCCAAUAAAAAUUCCUGCUUGAUUAAAACUGUAAUUUUUAUUGUAGUCCAUAUGAACGUAUUAUUCCGCUUACGUAAAUCUCACAACACCAUCUUUUAUGCAACAUUUUUCGUGUUUGUCAAACAUUUACCCGUCUAUUGUUCAUCUCAAUAAUGUCCCUGAUUCUGUUAUGAAUAACAGAAUCAGAAUCAGCCCCAUGAGCUCAGGAUAUGAGCGCUAUAUGACCGCUGUAUAAAAAAAGUUAUUAUUAUUAUUAUUAUAUCGCAACUCUAUGUAUUGUGCUAAUCUAGGGUUGGGAGAGUAGAUCGUUGACUAUUCUAAAGCGAUAAUGUUAGAAAAGUGGCAAUAUAUCUAAGAUAUAUUGCGAUUCAUUGCUAUCGAUGUACAUGAAUACCACUCUCAACACCUGUGGAGAGCAACUAUUAGUCCGUCCUUUCAUAUCUGAUGACGGGAGCUGUCAAGGUCAAGCUAUCACAAGUUCUGUGAAAGUUUUUAAGCCUUAGCCCAAUUAACAAUUAACCUGCGGUGAAAAUGGUUCAAGGGUUGCGUACUCUCCACUUCUCUCAUCUCUCUCUCUUUUUUUGCGGGCAAUUUCUACGUGAACCUACGCUCUUUCAAAAGCGAACAUUCGCCUAUUUACAAGCUUAAGUCUGAUUUAAUUUUUCUAACAAUACAGAAAUAAUCAGUUUCACAUAAGUUGGACAGUGUAGUAAGAUACAAACAGUGACUGGUAGACUGAAUUUAGAGCGUUAGCUGGUUGAGAACCCUUCUGCGCAGGUGGUAUCUUUCUGAACGCUCGACUAUUGCCUCAGCAUCUUCUUCUUCGAGACUAACCAAUGCUGCUGGUUGCUGAUCGAUUUUUUUCAUUGCAGCCAACCUCGAAAAAUAGCUAUUAACUUGCUGGGGAGUGAGCCACUCGUCUUUGCCAAAUAUCCGAGCUCCCUCCUCGGUACGUACUGUGCGCAUUCGUGCUGAAGCUUCGGCAGGGGUGACUUUCCGACCAGUUUCUUCACCAAUCAUGAACUGCUCGAGCAGAUAGUUCUUAACUUUAACAGAAAACCUGCUUCUUCGCUUUGAUUUAGUCUGCGCCCACCCCAUAGACAAAACAUUUUCUUCCGUUACUCCAAAGGACGAACUGGCUUUUUAAGGCACAGGAGGGAUUUUGUGGUUUCAAACUUGAGCAAUGCUCAGCCCAUUUGUGUCUGAUCUGGUCAUAUUGUGACUCUUCGUGGAGUUUAAUCUCAUGGCGGCCAAAGUCCAAGUGUCUCUGAAGGGUUUGAUUUGUUCUGAACGUCUUGAUACAGCCCUGUUCGGGGCAAGUGAACCAAGGAAUGCCCUCGUCAUUUGUAGGAGAAACGACGGUCUGUUGGGCUUGGUCACCAGGCGGCCGCGUCGAAGCUUUCUUUAACAACCCGGUAGCGUUAACUGGAUCACAAAAAGGCAAUAUUACUUUCACCCCUGUCUCACUCUGUGGCUGGCCCACCUUAGCAAGCUCUUGUUUGGAAAUUUUCCUACCUUCUCCAACUUUAAACGCCUUCGAGACAGUCAUUCCACCAUCUUUAGUAUAUUCGAAGUUGUUUAACUGGCUAAUACCACUUAACUUGGGCGCGUUAGUUGUUUGCUUUCUUGUGUCUAAUUCAAUCACUGAUGCUCGACAGCCCUUUAUUCCCCCAUAGGAGUCAAUAGCUUCCUUUAACUGACGCGCUGUUAUAACAUCGUGACCUAAAACAAGACAGAAUUAUCCGUAAAAACUGUGAAAAGAAGGGUGCUGUGAACCGUUGGCGGGCCAAUUAAAACGCAAAACGUUUUUUGUUGCUCGUCGGACUUUUUGUGGUCUUCGGAAAUGCAAAUAACUUUACUAUUUUUACAGCCUCUUAUUAAUUUUUAAUAGUCCGAAACUAUUUGUCACCUUCAUUAAGAUAUCUUCCGAUGUGUGCUUUGAGGGGUGCGAUCUUUCUGUCGCAGACAUGUUUCCCGCUGUUCGCCUCACUGAAGCUGUAAUUCUUAAGCGCCAACCCCCCUGUUCUUGUAAUGGUUGGCGCACUGAUAAGUAACGCAGCGUUGUGGUAGCAGCCAGCGUUGUCACUUCGUAAAAAUAGUUCUUUCAGAAGUGGGGACAACCGCUUAAGCUGCUGAACAAGGUCUUCCAGAAUUGAUAAGACUGCAAACCAAUCUUGGUUGCCUUUAUCAAGAAUGUGAACGAAAGUCCGAACCUUUGGAAAGAAAAAAAUACAAAAAGAUUGUAACAAAAUGACCAUUAAAAAUUUUUAAUGUAACGUCAACUGUAGCCUAUCGAUUACAAACGCCUUCAUUGUCUCCCGGCUCACCUCCAGUAACGACAACUCAGAAAAAAAAAACAAGAAGACCCAGGAACCCCGAUCUUGUCAUAUUUCCGAGUGAAAUGACGUAAAUUCUCUCUCGCUCUCCUCUAAACGGGGUGCUAAUUCAUGAAAAGUUACAUGUAACCAGCGGUAUAUUUAUAAGCCUGGGUGGGGGAAACAUGCGCCCAUGGUUCAAACUUAAACCUGAGUGGACCUGUAUUUUCACUAGCGGAUUCACACCUUCAACUUAGCAGAGAGUCUCUGCUUAUCCAGAACUUAUAUAUCAUGUCGGCCUUGCGGCCUCAGUUUGACCUAAGAAGAAGGUGGUUGCCCGAGUCCCCCAGGGACCCAGCCUCCCCCUAGAUCUGCCAUUGAUUCCCGUUGUCUCACGUACAACACUUCACUAGAUCUGCGUUUUCGUCCACAUACGGAGCACAUGUCUGUUUGUUUUACAUGCACUCCAACGAACUGGGGCAAAAAAUAUGUAUCUUUCACUUCAUCUUCCGCAAAAACUAUGCCUCUAUAGAGCAGCUAGCACGAAAAAAAAAAGCAUUACACGUGCGUUUAUGGCUUGUUCGUAAGGAAUGAAACUGAUUUUUUUCUGACAAAUCAAUUCAAGUGACGUGCUUUGAAGUUUAAAGAUAAUUAGAAUCAGAAAGCAAAUUUGUUUACGUCAAAUUCCGCUUCCUCGUUAUCAGGUCUUGUUAUGCAGGCCGACACAUGCCAACUGACUCUUUUUUUCCCAAGCCAUUCUGCCUGGGUUUCUCUGUAGCUUCUUGGGAGCCAUUUCAUGGCCCAAUCCAUCACCACUAGCACCUGCCGCUCAGUAAGAUUAUCAAGAAUGUUUAUUUUGGCUUUUUCUUGAUUGGUAGCUCUCACUAUGUGCGAUUUCCAGUCCAUAAUUCUUUCAGUGGCUUUCUCGAUGUCAUAUUUGAGCUCUUCUUUCUGCUCCUGGUAACUGAAAAAAAAAUUGAUUUUGAAAUAAUGACAACGUUACAGAAAAUGCUCUUUUGGAGAUUUCACCAAGAGAGAUGAGUACAGGGAAGAAUGGAAAGGGAAUGAAUACUAAUUGUUCGCGCUUUUUCACUUGUCUUGUGCAUUAGCUGUUAACAAUAUAUCGUACAAUGAAGAAAGCCUUAGACAAAGGUUAAGGCACUUGUCGUAAGCGACAAACUUCUACUUUUUUGUUUGUUUGUUCUUGAUGUCGUUGUUUCUUUUUUCCCGUGUAACAGACGCUAGGGACAAAGGUACCAACCUUAAUGUUUGCAACAAAAAGCGCGGGUCGCGUUUUCCUUAAAGUCAUAAAUAUUUGGCAUAUGUCUAAUAGUAUGCAACUGUAUUUUUUACCUAAACGAAAUAUCACCACUGUCUAGUCCAGCAAUGAUGUCGUGAGCUACGUUAGCACAGUCUAAACAUCGAUCACACUGCAUAGUGUGUUCAUGGUCACGGGCCGUUUUGUACUGGACGUCAUCGGAUGAUAGGGCGAAUCGUAUACAGUGAUCAGCACAGGGACUUUCCUUCAACACAUGAAGUUUGUAAUCAGCUUUUAAGUAUCGUUUAGCUGCUCGUACCCUUUGUCUAACGUUAUCAGCCCACUGGAGAGAUGAACCUACAGCAAGUACAAAUAAAUCGGCUUAUACUCUAAAUCUCACCUAGCAAAGUCAUCUACAAGCGAUCAAAAAUUAAAUAGGGCAUAAAAGCAGAAUAGACGGUGGGGUUGGUUACUAACUUACAGGUUGUAGGUUAAGGUGAUUCCCUAGUUUUGCAUUGCGCAUCUCUUACUGCGCAUAACAAGAUGGCCUCCGUAAAAAAGAGCAUGUGAAGUAACAUUAUUAAAAUGAAGUCGACUGAAGAGAAACGCUAUUGGAAUUUUUACUUGCUGUUGUUUCUUGUCCAGGAAAGACUCAAUGUGUUGGGAAUGUGCAUAACGUAAGCAGUACGCGUGUUAAUGAGUUCGACUUCCUCACGGAGAACCUCGAUAGUGGAUGUUUAACUUGUGCUUACUCACUUUGAUUUUCAUUUAAACGCUUUCUUUAUCACAUUGUGUCCUCAAUGUAAUAUCUCGAUGUAAAUUCUGUAAAAACGGAUUUUUUAAUACUUUCUUCUCCCUUUACCAUGCAUUCUAUUUGAAACUCGCCCCAGUCCUCUCUCAAAAAUCGGAGAAAAUGCAUUUGGUACGCACUUUCUGCAACUCUACCGCAAAAACGAGUACGGUGACCCCCAUUUUUUAUUUCAUGAUUUUAAUAAGGACAGUGCUUCCUUUCGAUGAGAAAGAAAUUGGCACAAAUCUAUGUUCAGUUUUUUGGCAAUUUUACUAAAUUGUACCGAUUGAGCUAUCAAGGGUCGAAUAGCGCGUGUCUAAUUUAAUUCCACUUUAGAGCGUAAAGUAAAAACAAAGGCAUUUUUCUGGUACGUAAGUGGAUAAACCGUACAUUAAAGUCAAAUUCUGUGGGAUACCACAAGCAUCAUCUAAAAAAUAUCUCCUUUUUGUCUAGUUUUGGCUGCCCGCGGUUUUUGCAAAUGCUCCCAAAUAGCCCUAUUUGUCAUCAUUUUCACGUCAAAACGAACACGGUGACCCCCACUUUUUAUUACUUUUUUACCAUCUUCUUGACUUGUUCAAUCAGUGUACCAAGUUUCAUCUACAAUCUAUGUUAGGUUCUAUUACUAAUGAAUCACCUUAAGCGUACCUAGAGAUGUCAUAGUUUCUACAACCCUUUCCAAUGUAUCAAAUGCUGAUGCACCUUCGCUUGUGACGUUAUCAAGGCCGGCAAGGGACUUUUUCUGGGAAGCUGCACAUAUCUGUGAAAGAAAAAAUUUGGUAACACAUCACUACAUAACGUGGCUUUUUAUCCUGCUUCCCACAACCAAAGAGUCUAGAGUACUUGCAGCCGCUAUUUUACACUCUUGUUAAUUCUGACCAAAAUCACAGUUAACAGUUUAGACUACUCUAGUUAUUUUUUUCUUUACCUUAAGGAUAGAAAAUAGGGUCGAUCUACCAAGAGGUUGAAAGCCAACUUCACUGCAAUACAACUGAUAUAGUUUGACCAUUCUGGAACUAAUGACAGUGCGCACUAAGUCAGGUAUCUCCAAACAUUCUCCAAAUGACAUUUUUAUCUUCCUUGUACCAUAGGCUACAUCCUGAAGGUAGUGAGGGCUACUUAUAAAAUCUAGGAAGUGGUCGACUUUCUCUCCUUCAAGACGAUAACGCAUCACGGGUUCUCUAACUUCAGAAUGGCCUGCACCAACAACCACAGCAUGCUUUCUUGCUUGAUCAAUUCGCCAAGUUGUGAGGCCUGGAACCAGGUCUUUCAGUUGCGUUUUAGUGUAGUGCUGCGCAAAAAUAGACAAGAUUGUCAUUUUUGUAUACCAAGAUGUCGCGCCUUCGUAAAGUGAAAGCAGGGUCGCCAUAAUGUUGUUUACUGGUUCAGGUUCUAUUGGCGUUGGAUUUGCGACCAAUGCAAGAAGUUCAUUAGACUGCCCUGGUGCAAUACAUUCUAGUGUUGUUCCUACUAGUUCUUUUGACUUGCGUCUUAUGUAGGAGCGCGUGCUUCUGGCGACAUCUUGAAUUGGCUGCGUGAGUUGAAAGCGCACCGGACUAAUUCUUCCACCGCUUAAUCUUUCAAUAUGCUGAUUUAGAACUUCCAGCCCGCGAUUUGGUGUAGGUGUUGGAAGGUAUUCUUCUUCCUCUUCUUCAUCUAGACAUAGCGAUCGCAUCAAUGCAGGAAUUGGAGUCAUAAUAUCAUCAAGGUGACUCUCCAGUCUAUAGUAUUCUCCUGGUUGAACCUUAAAAAGAAAUGAAAUUUAGCCCUUUGUCGUGACGCGCAGGUGUCCGCAACACUAACGAUGAAUUUCGGUUUAGAUUUUUCAUGAACAAGUCAAUUCCACAUGCGGGGAGCGCAUCACUUGAUCAUCAUCACUUGUUUGGGCUUUCUGUAUUAAAAUAACAGAGUAUAGUACAUGCACCUGACACUACCCACCUGCACACGUCUUGGUCUGGACAAACUGGUUUCAAGUUCCUCAGCGAUGUCAUCCUCAAACACUUCACUUUCUGGCUUUCUUAUAUUCUUUACCAAUUUCGUUUUGUAUAGAGAAAAAGAAAAAGUGUCACCUUACUUCUGUUUUUGCCCCUUACACUUUUUAUAUGCCAAGCCCUUUGCAUUGAUUUAUAAGUGUUUAUUUUAUAGCUAAAUUUUAUCUUGUUUAAGGAGCACUCUUUUCUUAUAGUUUCCCGAAUUUCAAUUCAAUUAAAUUGAUUGUUGCCUAUGUUAUAAAUUUACCUACGUUCCCUGUUUAUAUGGUGGAAACGUUCCUUGGGUAGAAGUUUUAAACGCCGAGUUACCAUGGGCGAGCCAACUGUUCCUAGGUUUCCUUACAAAACUUGGCCAACCCUUUAAAUGCGAAUCAAAAAUUUGACUAAGCAGAAAGGGUUACGCGCCUAGUGGUGUCGAUUCCGUCAAGAGGAGACAAUCACCCUGAUGUAUAAGCCCUUUUUGGCUCGUGUCUUGUUUCUUAUUUUUGGUUCGUCUGUUUUUUUUUUCCUUAACAACGCUCGCUUAAGUUGACUUGGCAGGAAGAGUAACCCUCUUUCCCGGGACAACCGGGAAAAUUACAUAAACGAGUUUUCAUUGUCCCCCGCGCCGUUAAGCAAAAGGGCGUGGUGGAACAAGAAAGAGACUUACAUUCUAAGCGGCCAAAGCUGAUACACCUGCAUGGCUCUCUAAUAGAAACCUUUUUUAAUCCAACUAAUAAACCAUUUUUUGUUACUGACUUUACUGCCGUAAUAGUUUAUGUAAAUAUACGUAAAACCACGAUCAAGUUGUCGUAAGGUUUAUCAUGACGUAAUGUGUACUUACCUGACAUGUCGAACUCGUAGAUGGUCCAAACUUCGAGUGCAUGUCCAAACAUUUCAUGCAAAUACCUAAAAGAUCCGAAGAAGGAAGUGAGAUUUUUUACGAACUUAGUCUUUAAAUUAAACAAUGUCAAAUAAACUAAAUAUGAGCUAAUCUUGUCCGAUUUGACACAACACAUUCCAUUUCUGAUAUAUUUCUUCCGAUAAACGUUUAGUAAUUCCUCUGGUCGGUUUUUGUUUGCUGUCAUGCAGUGGAUAUUUGCAUGCUUUGCUUGGUCGCCAGCCUAAUCCGAACUCAUCUCUGUGUAAGGGACAAAUAGUUAAACAAUCUCCGUCUUCCUGGAAGAGUCCUGCUCGGUAGAGGCAGAGUCUCCACUCAAAAUCUACUCCUUUAGCCGUUGUUUUGUAGCAACCUCUCAGGUGAGGUAAAACGUCUUUUUGUACACGUUUUUAAUGGCACAAUGGCUGUUUGUGCAGAGUAUCGUCUGGACACACCGCAUUCUUUACUAGAAUAACACUUAAAAGAACACUCAGCCAUCAGGAUCGAAAGUGUGAAAUCUGAUAUCAUGUGAUCUGCACCUGCAGUCACCACACGUCAAACGUCACGCAAUCAUUUCCUUCUGUUGUUCUGGUCAAACGUUUUGCUAGUUUCUCUUCAGAACAAAAUCUAUAGCUUCGUUUCAACUCAGGACAAAAAGAAGACUUAUGCUCAUUUUUAUUCAAGUACCUGGUAAACAAAGGCAGAAGUGUAGACUGAAGUUGAUUCCGCGGAUCAAAUCUGUUAGUUUAUACGGCCUGUCGUUUAUCUUUAUUUUGAUCACGUCUGUUUUGCUGUUUCAUUGCUAGAGGUUAUGACGACAACAUGAGCGUUUUAUAUUGAAAAAAGAAGGUAAGAGAAAAAUUCACUAAAUCGUCCUAUUCGAUUUAACUGUAAGCUGCUCGUGUUUAGAAAUCCAGGUCAUUUGUUAGUGCUGCCAUAAUCUCAGUUUAGGUGUGUUUUGGUCAAAAUUACAUUGUAUCGCAAGGUGAACUAACCCGAAUUUUUACAUAAACACAAUUUGUUUUAAGCGACACGGGAUUAUUUUAAUGUAAUAAUGUCAAUAAAAGUAUUUUUUCUGUCACCCGUCGGAUAAAGUUGAUAAAUAUCAGCUAAAUCAAGAUUUUAUGGUUGGCCUCAUUUGCAUUAGCGUUAAAAAUAAUGGUCACUUUCGGAAUGCAAAUAACAGUAAUAAAUAGUAACUUUACAAAGAUUUUUUGCCACAUAUCGUAAGAAUGUUUCUCUGAUUAACUCAAGAUGGCUUUAAACUUUAUUAAAACAGUGCCGUAUUUCUUUAAAGAGUCGCUUUUGAGACCAUACUUCACUGGUGUCAGUUUUACUUGAUUUAUUUAAGUUUUUCUCUUACUAAGACGAAACAGAAUUGAAUAGUUAAGUGACCAUUUUUCUUAUGUUUAGGGUGCAAGCAAUCCUUCGAAAAAAAAUCAUUUCAUUUGGUUGAUUAUUUUGCGUGCACGAGGUGAUCAAACAAGAGGUCAUUUCUGCAUGAAAUUUUAGUCCAUUUAACCGUUAAACCGUUUGAUUGACAUUUCUCCAAAACAAUAGAAUUUUGGGCUAAACUGUUCCACAUCCUAAGUCAGUUAGUUAAGGUGCAUAAGUGUGCCAAAUAUGAAGGGAAUCGGAGAGAUGGUCUGUAGACCACUCUGCAUGGUUUUCAGAUGGACGCUCUCUUAAUAUGAUGUGUCUAAUUUAUUAUACAUCGGUAUUGGUUUGCUUGUGAAAGUGAAAGUGUUAAAUUGCUAUUUUAUGCUCUCCCAACAGGAAAUUUGCUUCAUAACACAUCAGGUAGGAAUGAUGUUUUACAUGUUUCUCCGAUCGCAUGAAUUCCUCACUGAACGGGAAGAACUUCCUGUCUGUAUAGUUUUCCCGAGAAAUUCCUUUUCCCGGUGCAUUUCCGGCAAAGUGUAAUCAUGGUAAUAGCUAGACUGUUCACAGGCCAGGCCCACGAUUGCGUAUUGUGUUACGGGCGGCCAUCUUGGAUGAGUUUCAAAUCAACUUAGGGGGAGGGGGACAGUUUGGAAGGAAGCGGGAAAAAUAACUGGAAAGAAAUUUUUCUCGCCUUCCUUCCCCGGCUGCGUCAAAAUUUCGACGCCCGUCCCCUCUGUACAUAUAUGAAACCAAGAUGGCCACACGUACCGCGCCGGUAAGCGCUCGAUCCUGACGAUCUUACGCAAAGGGGACUGUGAAAAGUGUAGGAUAGCGACCUCCAAGAAACCAGACAUUUUUGCUAUCGAUGCAGUCAUUUUUACAAUACAGGAAACAAAGUAAAAGCAACAAUUUACUCACUCAGGAGCCCAUCCUGCUCACUAUGAUCGAGUGAGACAAGUUUUGACAGUAGAUACCACAGGAUAGGCAAUCUCGUCAAACUUACAAUAAAACAUAAAUAAGAAAAGAAUUUUGAGGCUCAUACAACAGUAAAAGGAAUUGACUACUCAACAUAGAAUGAUUAAAGGGACAGUGUCCCGAUUAUGCGCACGCGCGAGCGUCAUCUGUUUUUUCUUCAAAAGACAAAAGAACUGUCAAAUUGACUCGACAAGAUUUCCUUCCGGACCGCACCGCCGACAGAGAUUUGUUGUUUAUAUUCUCAAGUAAUAUUUUAGACUUUCGAAGAUGUCUUUCGUCUUAUAUAAAAAUUUGGCUCACGGUUCGAAGACUCAUCGCGAUUUUAUCGCUAGCUGGGCCGCCUCGCGACCCGAAAAUCUCGUUCCGCUCGCUUUAAAAACAUAUUUUCUAAUUUGAAACUCGUGUCAGAGGUCAAUCGCUCCAAGUCCAGUAAUAUCUGCCUGAUUUGCUCGCGUUCUAGCCUCAAACGUUUGAAAGACAUAAAUAAAAAUGCAAUCUCAACGCUAUGAAUCAUCACAAAGGUUAGUCAAUAACGAUAUUAUGAUUCAUGUCACCAGUUUUUCAAAACGUGUAGCGCCUGUUUGGUCGAUUUUGUCGGCCGUACGGAGAUUCAUUUAAAAGUUUACUAACGCGUCGUUGCAAAACAUUCUGCUUCACGAAGCUCCCCUCCACAAGAUCUCCUCAGUCACAUCAAUGUCUCAACGGUUUCUUUCUUACAGUCUUUAUUGUUGCUGUUUCAUUUCUGCGUAUUCCUUUCACAAUUUUCUGAGUUUGUAUGGAAGCUAGCAGAAGAAAUAAGCCUUCAAUCGGCAUCAAAGUGCUUCCAAUCUUUUGGUCCUCCGGCAAACGGCAAUGAAAGUAACGCCAAAAAAUCCAGAUUUUGCCCAAAUCGAAACUUAACAGGAACAAUAUAUCAUUGAUCUAUAAUCCUGAGAAGUUUUAGUGUCGUAUUGAACCCGACCAAGCGCGAUGCAAACGGAUUUUUCAAGAUUAUCUUACUCUCCUCGCAUCUUUUGAUUUCGCGACAUCCUGUCCAAAAAUCAAAGUUUGGUGCAUGCGCAGUAACGGGAUACUGUUCCUUUAACAAUUAUCUUGAUUUAUUAUAAACAUACCGAGACAUACUGACUGAGACGCUCGCGUAAACGUUCAGACGCAAAUAAGUUAUAGUAUUUACAGCCCUCUCGUCAUUAAAUGGCGUCGGCAUAAACACCUUACAUUUUGCCAUGUCCGCAUUUUUUAUUUAUAUAUUUCUUUUAUUUUAUUUAUUGUUCCUUUUCAUCUCAGGCGGGGAUCCGACUGUUUAAUAUCUCAUCAGUAAGGAAUAAUCAAUUUUAAUGGUAAAAUUCUAUAGUGAAUUGAAAAAACCCUUAGAGACCCUUUAAAGUUAGUAUCACAUCAUUUUUAUGACAUAUUUUUCAGGUUCUGUCGUAACACGGCAAGAGCGUUCCAUUAGAGGUGAUAUUCAGACACUGGAUUGUGAUGCAAUCAAAAGAGACCCAAGCAAAUACUUGGAAAUGUAUUGGAGAGUAAAAGGAGCCGACGGAAAUAUCGGUUACUGUAACAAAGACAGGAAAUGUUCGAAAACGGAGAGUCAGCUUCUAGAAGACAAGAGGAUUCAGGUUGUAAGCAUUUCCAGU